AUGGCGCCGCCGCUCUCGGGAGGGAUCUCCAGCGGGAGGCGAGCCCCCCGCACACUGGCUCGGGGUUCCGCUCCUCCACCGUCUGCUGCCGUUACCUGCUCGGCGCCAACGUGCCUCGGGCACCCCUAUCGCCGCACCGUUUUGAGCUGCGCUGCGCUGCCCGGUGUGAUGGAGGGAAGUCCUGCGGCCGCCGCAUCCAGCAACCCUGUGAUCUCUGUCUUGAAGGCCAAUGUCCGAAGAACCUUCAAAAGGGUGAACCCUUGCAAGGCAUCAGGCCCCGACAGUGUACCUGUUCAGGUACUGAAGACCCGUGCUGACCAACUGGCUGGAGUAUUCGACCUCUCACUGCUGCAAUCAGACAAUGGACUGGAAGCAAGUCCUGAAAGAGGAGGACAGGUCAUCUGCCUCUUCCUUACUUCGCAGCAGCGAUCCCACAAACACAUCCGUGGCUCUGGUCCACCGGGCGGUCGAAACUGGAAGAGGACGCCAGCACCCGAGGUGAGACGUCAUCCCGGCGGCAGCCCUCUGACGUCAGCGAGCGCCGAACCCUUGCGAGCCACCGUACCUUCCCGCCGGCGGAAUCCGAAUCCGGGCCCGGUGCACGUCACUGCUGGGCUCGAGCUGGGAAUUCCAAAUCCGAACCCGGAGGACGUCACGGGGCGCGAGCUGCCCGACCCCGCGGGGGUGAACGAGGCAACACGACGUUCCAUCCCCUCGAUGCUCGCCCGGUCCCACUUCGCCCGUCUGCUUGCAAAAUGCCAGAGGGAGGACCUGGACACCAGCAGAGCAUUGAGGCGCUUUUCCGACCUGUUGCUGUUGCAGGAGAGUGGGAGAAAGUGGUCGUGUUGUAUAGGUUCCAUUGCACUCUUAACUCGCAGGCACAGGAGUUUGCACCCGACUUUCGGGCGGGAGCGUUUUGCAAUAAACUUGCCGGAGUUAGAAGGUGAAAGGCCAGCGCACUUGGGACCUACAGCCUGGAUACCGUAUAAUCCAUUUGUGGAGCAACGGAGUUUUAAAUGUUUCGGUGAAAAUUUAGAAUCCUGGGUUGCAUUAUCUCAACGUGUCACAAGAGCGGAAUCCUUCAGUAAAUGCAAGUGUUUCAAAUCCACGAACUAUUUAGAAAGUAUCUGUAUUUUUAAUUAUUUAAAUUUUUUAAGACACCGUUCUGUUUUACUUCAAAGAGAGUUGACAGCAACUGUUUUUAAACUGCGUGAAACAAACGUUAGGUGCUCUGCGACAGACUUCUUACAUUCACUUUCUGUUGGGAGCAUGGAGACAUUGCGAGCAAAGACUUUGGAAGAAGAUCAUUGCAGCAUGAGCAUGGAAUGCGACCAGCAAACUAUUGAAGAACUUCAGUCAGUGAUAACACCUGAUUCUGAUAUAGUGUCCGCAAAGGAUUCGCCAGAUAACACAGACAGGUUAUUUUCGGAUGUAGAUAUUGCAGAGCUUCUGGGAAAUGAUGUCCCUGAAGGGACACAAAAGGCAGAGGAUGGUAAAAAGAAGAGGCCAAAGGUAGGAAAGAGGAAGAAAAAUCAAUCUGCUGCAGAGAAAGAAGUCAAUAGUCUUCUGGCCGAGCUCCCAUUUCCAAAUGCAAAGAUCAGGGAAGAAUAUGGAUGUCAACUGCUCCCAAAAUAUAUUUUAAGGGUCACUAAAGCCCCAGUAAAGAAUUCGAAGAAGAAGAGAAAGCGUACUUUAGGUGGUGAGAACGAUGAAGACACGGGUCAAAUAAAGAAAAAAAAAGUUCGUCCAAAUUACUUUGUAUCUAUUCCAAUAACCAAUCCAAAGAUUAUAGGUGGCAUCAAGGCAGUGCAAGACCUUGUAGUGCAAACAGAUGAAAGACUAUCCAAGGCCAUGAUACCAAUUUCCUGUCUUCAUAUCACCGUUCUUGUGACAUACUUGGCAAGUGAUGUGGAGGUGAACAAAGCAGUGAGUACAAUUGAAGAAUGCAAGGAGCCAGUGCAGGAAAUCCUACUGGGAGAACAGUUGGCCUUAGGAUUUCAUGGAAUUGCAGAUUUCAGAGGAGAAGUAGUAUUUGCACAGUUAGUGGAAAAUGAACAGCUGACUACACUGAUCCAUAUUGCAGAGACUAUAAAGAAAAGAUUCCAAGCAAAUGGCAUUUUGACUGGAGACAGCAGAGCUUUUAAACCUCACUUAACCUUUAUGAAACUAUCAAGGGCACCAAAGCUGCAUCACCAGGGAAUUAAGAAGAUUUCCCCAGAACUGUAUAAAAAUUUUAAAAAUCAUUAUUUUGGUGAUGAAGUUGUGACUUGCCUACAUCUUUGCUCCAUGCUAAAGAAGAAACAACCAAAUGGCUACUAUCACUGCGAGACCUCACUUGCUGUGGGAGAAAAGAAUGAGAGUGAACCUGAUGAGGAGGAACUGGUCAGUCUGAGUAAACGUCUAGUGGAGACCGCUGUGAUUAAGGCUGUACAGCAGUACCUAGAGGAAACACAGUCUAAAGCAAAACAGAACACAAAUGGGCAGAAAAUCAGCUCAAAAUGGUUUAAGGACACUGACCCAAACAAUGGCAACAAGAAAUGAAAAUGUUACAUUUUAAAACAGGUGUUUAGUGUGUGCAGAGAGUAUUUUUACGAAUACACGUGAUCAUUGUCUCAAGUGUUCAGUGCUCCAAGGAUGAUAAAGCUGAGGAGAAAAUAUUAAACCAAAAUGGAGAAAAAUCAAGACCUUCACAGUUUAUUCAUCCAAGGUUCUCCAAUGCAACUACUGAAGGAAAGAAUGGUCUUCUGCUCAAUGCUUGUGUUUGGAUGUCAAAUGUGAUGAAAGGGUCUCAAGUAUCUAUAAAUGUUGAUUGGAUUUUUCGUCAAGGCACCAGUUUCAUUGAUUUAGUUUGUACACCUUUUUUUUUAUUACUGUCAUGGCAAAAAUAGUGAAACACAAUAUAAUAGACUAAAUCUAAAAUGAUUGAAAAUAGAGCAUAAGUGAAGCUGAACAAUUGGAAUAAGCUAUGUAGAUUUAUUCAUUUCAUAAAAUUGUUACAUGUAAGCUGAACCUUGUAGUGCACAUGCAUAUUACAUAUUUAUUUAUAAUUAUGGUUGUGCUGUCGAAACACUCUACAUUUUCUUUUGAAUCUUUAGCUUGAAUACAUUUUAGAAUUAAAUCAACUUUUGUUAAAUGAAACACAUUUUUAUUUUUUUCUUCUUCAGGAAAAAAGCGUGAUUCAGACGUAAUUAGGAAUGCUCUGCAGAAAGAAACCAUUGCAGUACAGUGCAAACUUAAUCAGAUAAAAGAACUAUUGUCGCAUCCAGGGAUACAAAUGAGAAUACAGAGUGA